UUCUGCACAUCAGACUGGGACACUUCCUAGAUUGUUAGCGAUGAAUUACUGAAACAAUCUUCUUUCUUUGUGUCCACACUUGUUUUCAAUGUUCAGCAGAGAUUUCAUGCAAAUGAUGAAACAGAGAACUUUGAAUAAAACAAGAAACAAAGAUUUUUACACAACAUUCUUGUUCUCUUUGUUGCAUGUUGCAAAUCUAAUGAACAUGAAACCCUCCUCCUGCAGCUCAGAGUGCUUUGGUCUCUGAGUUUCUGCAAACUGUUUCUAUUUUUUAAAUGAAUCACGUGGUUUCAGGAAGUGACCAUAAAAGAAACGACAGAUUCACAAAGACAACUCUUCAGCCUCAUUUCAUCAUCCAGCUCUUUACUCUCUGCUCGCUCCUCUGACUGCAGCAGAGCCUCAGCAGAAACUAAGGAUGGCAGUUUGGGACAAACAGCUUCUGUGGAGCUUCAUGUUCCUGCUGGCAGGUGCUGUGGCUCAAACUGUGGUCUAUCCUUUCACGUCUACCUGUGCUGUCAGAGGGUCCACUGUCACCCUCCCCUGCACCUUCACACCUCGGAAGUCUUUCAGUGAUGGUCAGAGAGAAGUUCCUCUAAAGAUCGUCAGAGUCCGCUGGUGUAAGAACCAUGUACUCUGUCUGGGCAGCACUCCAUCUGUGUAUGACAGUAACCCAGCAAACAUCGAUCCUCGUUAUCAAUAUCUGGGAGACAAGAAGACAAACUGCACUUUACAGAUCAGAGAUGUUCAGCAGGGAGACAACGCAAGCUUUCGCUUCAGGAUGGAAGCUGAUCGUCCUGAAGGACAUUUUACUAACCAGACAGGAGUGAAUGUCACGGUUGUUGAUUCGUCUAAAAUGAGAAUAAUCAGCUCCAGUGAUGAUAAAAAGUUGAGCAGAGGUGAAAACGUCACACUGCUCUGUGCUUCAGUCUGCACUUUCCACCAACUGGAAGUCACGUGGUUCAAAGAUGGCCACGCCCUCUCAGACACUGGCCCCUCCCUUCCUCUCAGCCCUCUGACUGCAGAGGAUUCUGGGAACUACACCUGUGCUCUGAAUAACAUCAUGGAGACUCUCUCUGAGCCGUACAGCCUGCAGGUGGAGGCUGGAGCUGGUGGAAACCUUCCUCCGAUACCUGGUGUGGUGUUUGUUGUCCUGCUGGUUGUGAUCGCGCUCGUGCUCUUCAUCGUCGAAAGGAGGCUGAGAGCAGCAGAGGGUCAGAGAGCUGCUGAAGCUUCCUAAUAACGUCUACAGCAGCGUUCAAGAACAACACGACCAACAGGAAACUACAGUCGGCUACACCUGUGUCCAGCUCACACAGGAGAAAUAGAAUAGAAUAGAAUAGAAUAGAAUAGGUCUUUAUUGUCAUUGUACAUGUACAAUGAAACGAUAUGUGGCUGAGUGUGCAAGAGUAAAAAAUAAAUAUCUAAAUAGUAAAGACAGCAGGAAUUGGGGGUCUUUCCCCGUCUCCCUUGCUAUCUACAGUGGAAAAAGAGACAAAAGACUCCCCCCCCCACUCCUUUGUGUGUGGAUGCUUCUCUCCAACUUCCUGAGAUACCAUCUGUCAACAGUAAGUGUGAGAGACAUGCUAAGGCUACGUCCACACGAGCCCGGAUAAAUUUGAAAACGUCGUUUUAGUCUGAAAACGCUCUGCGUCCACACCAUCGUUUUCAGCCGUUUCCACAGAGUUAGCACAGAGGCUACGUCCACACGUACGCGGGUAUUUUUGAAAAUGCAGAUUUUUCUACGCGUUUGCACCUUUCGUCCACGUGUAAACAGCUUUUUCGGCCAAUGAAAACAGAGAUUUUUAAAAACGCAGUUUUUGCAUUUACGUGUGGACGAGGAAAACGGAGAAAAUGCAGCGUCAAAGGUGUGCGCCUUUUUUGACGUCACGCUGUGCGCCAUCAUUUCUACAAUGAUGGACUUAGACAAAAUACUGUUGCUGUUCAUUUUACUCUCUGCAUUGUUUAAAUGCUUACAAACACACACAGUUACUGUCGCUCUACACAGAGGACUCAGUCCUGCUUUUAUGCGCCAUCUUUAGAGAAAAAGAAGAAGAAAAAAGGAAUAAACAGCAAACAGAGGAGAUGUUUACAGUCUAGAGGAAUAUAGACAUAAAUAAGAGAAAGGCAGCCAAUGGAGACACACGUGUUUGAGAGCAGUGCAAAGACAGGGCUGAGUAUAGAGUCUGUGAGAGUGUCCUGUGACCAUGGCUCAGAUUGGUGAGGUGGGUGGGCAGGAUGGGGUGUGGGGGGAAGGAGCUGUUAGUGAGUCUGGAGGUGUCAAACAGUUGGUGGGCGGGGUUUGAGGGUUCAGCUGUGAUGGCCCUGGUUUACCUGAGACAGGAGGAUCUGACGAUGACCUCUGGGGGGACAAAGAUGAUUGGACAGAUUGAGGCCAGUUGGUGAGGAAGUGUCUGAUCCAGGAGCUGGGGGGUCUAAAGGCGUUCCAGUUUGGUGGUGAGGCUGUCUGAGACGAUGGCGUUGAACGCUGAGCCGUAGUCACCUCUCACAGAGACCAGAGGAGGAGCUGCAGGAAGCUCCAGUCUGACUUUCAUAACGCAGCUCGUUGAUCAUUGUGGCCGAACUACUGAAAGCAUUUACAAAACUAAAGAUUUGCCUCCAAAUAAAAGAAAAUAUCUUUGUGGACUCUCUCAGCACAGAUCGUGUUUAUAUUAACGUGAAUAAUUCAGACAUGAUCAUGUUAGAAAUAUUAACUGGUUAGAAAGCCUGAGUGUGUUUUUGUGGCCUCACACUCUUUAUAAGGGAAAUAAGUAUUGCAUUAUUUGUCAUUAGUUACUUUGUUGCUGUGUUAAAUGUGGUGUUGUGUAAUGAAAUGAAUGAAUAAUUCCGUUAUGGGUUCCUAUCUCGAGUUAAGAAACAUCCAUAUCUACCACCUGACUUCUCAUUUUAAUCUGCUCCGAGUUCUGAUUGAGGAAGAUUUAGUUGUGCAACAUUUGAGCUUUAGAGUGGAAGCUGCUGAAAACCAACAACGCCACAGUUUCCCCACUCGAGACGCAGCAGAGGACGUUUCCUUCAUCCUGUUGUUUCACACAGCACACGAUGAAAGACGGCAGCUUGUGUUUACAGUGAGAGACUGAUUGUUGAACUGUCGAUCGGUAAAAAAUCAAACGCAUGAACACGUCUACUUUCAUUUCUACAUCGUAAAAUUAAUCCAAAAUAAAAUAAGAUGGGAUUGUGUCACUAAAUUAAUGACAUAAAGAUUAAAAUAAAGGCCAGGGUUGCCAAGGCUGUAUCACUUUCACUCAUCACUGCUUUAAAUAAAGGUUGGUUCUACACUGGAUCAGUUGAAAGGUCACUCUGCUCUCCCGUGAUUGGCUGGUUUCUGUCCGGUAACUGUUGAUGCUCUGGACUUUCUUAAAGGUGGUUCAGGAGUGAAACAGCUGAGUUGUGGACUCUGUCUGAGUGUCCUGCUUCAUGUUUUCUAAGAAUAAAUAAAUAACUGUAUUUAUCUGACCUCCUGCUGUGAACGCCUGCUGAGUUUUCCAUGGUGCUAACAUGACCUCACCCGCACUCUAAAAUUUCUCCUGCACUGAGGCAGCUCUGCAUAGCUGGAGUUGAAUUUGGUGACAGCAGGUUUACAAACAAAGUGAUCAGGAAUAUUUUGAUAAACGAAAUUUGCCCUAAUCCGGUUAAAAGAAAUUAUAUCCUUAAAGAAUUUGAGACCAUGGAGGUUAAGGCGAUAAGAAAAAAGUAUAUUUCACUUCCUCUUUCCCCUAAAGUAAAAGAGGUUCACUUUAAAAUCAUUAAUGAGGUUUAUCCAACCAAUGAAUUCUUAAGACGGAAAUUUAAUUUAGAUGUGAACGCCUGCACAUUUUGUGAAAAUGAUACUGAAAGUCUGGAUCACUUGUUUUUCAACUGUGAAUCAGUGCACUCCUUCUGGACUGACAUGUGGAGCUGGCUACAGUCCAGGAGAAUUCAGUUACCACAUUUGACGGUGACAGUAAUAAAAUUUGGAAUACUUGCUGAGAAUGCAGAUUUUGACCUGUUGAUUAGGACGUUUUUGUUAAUGGGAAAAUUUUUAUUCACAAAUGCAGAUACUUUAAAGCUAAACCUUGUAUAAACAGAUGGCUGAAUGACUUUAGACUCUGGGCUAAAUCGCUGAAACUUGUGAAUAACAAGAAAGCCCAUAAACUUGUUGUUUUAUUUAAAGAGUUUAACCUAUGUUAAAAAAAAAAAAAAAACUCCCUAUUUUAUAAUCACGACUGCCCUUUUUUUGCACGUUAGUUUUUGCCUUUGGUUCGAAUCCUUCAAUGACUGUUCUUUCUUUUUGUGCUAACUGUUUUAACUUUGUGCUUAUUGUUGUUGUUUUUGGUUUUUUUGUUCGUUUUGUUUGUUUGUUUGUUUUGCUAUAAUGCUCAACCGAGGAUGUAACAUAAUCGGAUUAAUGA